AUGAACAAGAACAUGAACAAAAACAAGCACAAGUACAUACACAAGCACAUGCACAAGAACAUGAACAUGAACAAGCACAUGCACAAGAACAUGAACAAGCACAUGCACAAGAACAUACACAAGCACAUGCACAAGAACAUGAACAAGCACAAGUACAUACACAAGCACAUGAACAAGAACAUGAACAAGCACAUGAACAAGCACAUACACAAGCACAUGCACAAGAACAUGAACAUGAACAAGCACAUGCACAAGAACAUGAACAAGCACAUGCACAAGAACAUGAACAAGCACAUGCACAAGAACAUGAACAAGAACAAGUACAUACACAAGCACAUGAACAAGAACAUGAACAAGCACAUGAACAAGAACAUGAACAUGAACAAGCACAAGUACAUACACAAGCACAUGCACAAGAACAAGAACAAGCACAAGUACAUACACAAGCACAUGCACAAGAACAAGAACAAGCACAAGUACAUACACAAGCACAUGCACAAGAACAUGCACAAGUACAUACACAAGCACAUGAACAUGAACAAGAACAUGAACAAGUGA